AUGGAUGAGACUCUCCGAUCGGCGCAGGUUGCUUUCCAUUUGCACGUUGGAAAUAUUCAAUGGAGAGCGAAGCAGUUGCACCGCUUAUUCAAAGUGGUCGUGGACAAUCGCGAUGAGCUUUUCGAAACUGUUAGGAAAGACAUCAACAUAUCACAAUGGCAGUUUGAACUCGAUCUGGAAGGGUUCGUCCAAGAUGUCAAGGAGCUUCUCAGCUUUCUGGAAACUCUCGGGCGAUCCAGCCGCUUGCUCAGAGCCGCCACGUUUGACCAUAUCCUACAACCGCAAGGUGUGACUGUGAUUGCGACAACGUCAAAGGAUCCAUUCCGCCACGGACUUUGCGCAUUCGCCGCGAGUCUAGCCGCGGGCAACUGUGUGGUCCUCGUCUACCUGGCUGGCGAGCUGCAACAAUUCGCCCACGUCUUGGGCCGUUCCUUUCGGCUAAACAUGGAUUUUACAGGUGCGCGACUUCUUCAGAGUUCGGAUUUUGACAAGCAGGCACUAGGAUUGGACGUUGUUGCACAAACGCUGUUUAUCUCCGACGACUCUGAACUUCCAGCAGGCUUUCCAAAUAUCGAAAAUGUUCGACACUUGCCAGUUUCACAGGGAAUCAGUGUAGUUAUCGUUGACAAGGACUUCAAGUCCGUUGGAAAUGUCGUCGCCAUCAUCAAAAGCAAACUCGGUCAAAAUUGGUAUGAAUCGGACGAGCCUUGUAUUGUUUUGAUUGAUGAAGGGAUCAAAGAUCAGUUCCUCUCUCAAAUGAACUCGGUACAGACGACAGAAAAUCUUAAAAAGAUUGAAACAGCAGGAAGUGGCCGUACCAUGACGGUGGGCGAAGCCCCAUCUGACCUACGACAAGCAUUGGGCACGAUCGUUUUCGAGGGACCCAGGCGGAACAAGCUCCCGGUCCUGGUCACUACAUCUCUAGAUCACUCACUCGACUGCACUUCGGCCCUUCAAAGUCAGCAUAACUUGUCACAAGUGGCCAUGUUUUCGAAUUCUAAGGAUAAUAUGGCUUACGUGGCAAGGUUCUCCCGCAGUAACGUCUUUUCCGCUGGGGAAAUUGUGUUCAGACCACCUAUCAUUCGAGAUAGUCUUCUCACUGGCGCGACAUUCUCCCCAGAAUAUUUCAGCAAGCAUAGAUAUCAAUAUCACAGCUCACUUCCUUUGCUGCAACCGGAAGGCGUAGAGCAAAUCAGAGCUCGCUACCAGCGUACAAUCAAGCCCCUACCCACAGAGCCUCGCGGCGAGCGUAUUGAUUUCUUUGUCCAGAUGGGCUGGUUCGUGCACGGUGUGAAAACUCUCAUGGGCAUCAGUGGGCUUGCAGCAGCGUAUGGUGCCUUCAUACUUGCCCGCAAAUGCCUCAAGGCACUGUAG